AUGGCAACUUUGUGUACGUCAUGUGGUCAACAGAUUUUAUUGUCUUCAAUAAUUUACAAAUGUCAUCAAUGUGCUAAUCACUAUUUAUGUAAAUCAUGCACGAAACUUGAUCGUAAUCGAGCAAUUGCUCAAUAUCAUACGUUCGACAAAAUAUCAAAAUCUAAUGAAACCAGACAAGAAUCGGCAAAAGUAUCGUUCAAUGUAGUCCAUAGACAACAAGAAACAAAUUCGUCAAUUUUUGAUAGUGACGGCUAUCUGAAAGGUGCUCUAGUUUAUUGCCGUUAUUGCCAUCGAAUUUUCAACAGUGUCAAAGUAACUUUUUUCAAAUGUGAGCAAUGUCCUAGUCCUUUUGGCUUGUGUAAUGAGUGUUUACCUCAAGCACGAAGUUUUCAUCCUUCUGUGCAUAAAUUUUUAAAAUUACCUUCAGGUGAUAAUAUGCUACGUCUCUUACAGAAUUAUGGUCAUUUGGAUGUUAUAUGUGAUGGUUGUUCGACAUCAUCAUUUACCGGUACCCGAUAUCAAUGUGAAGAAUGUGUGCCAAGCUUUGAUUUAUGUGAUAAUUGCUUUGGAAAAAAGCAUACACAUCAUAGAUUCAAAAUCGUUCCAAACUCACUAGUGCACGCAUUGAAUCAACAAGAACUAGCACAACGAGCUCUUGAUUUAGCAAGCUUGAACAAUGAUCCUCAAUGGCGCGAUUCAAUAACUGGUUGGACCAAAGUCGACGCUGAACGCGUUCUAGAACAAGCUAAUGCAGAUGAGAAAGCCUAUAAAACUCGUCUCGAUGAAAUAGUGCAGAUUGCUAACAGAAGGGUUGAACAGGAACGUCAACGUUUACAAGAUACUAUGGAUUUUUCAUGGAAAAUGCAAAUGUUGAACUUACAAAAUAUUUGA